CGCGGGAUCCCGGAAGUGGAGCGCGGUCGGCGGAGCUGCUGCUGCUGUUGUUGUUGUUGUUGUUGUGGCGGUGGCGGCCGUUGGAAUCCCGAAGCUCAGGUUUGGGUUGUUCCCCCCGUGCAGCCCGCCGUGGCACAGCAGGUGAGAGGAUCUCGGACUCCCUCUGGCUUGCGGGGGGCUGGGGGGGCACGGGGUGACCUUUGGGGCCCUGCGGGGGGGGGGCGGCUGCUGCUGCUCGGUGUAACCGGUCUGUGGGCUCCAGGACACAGCUGGAGAGAGCUCGGGGCCAGUGAUAGGGGGGGGUCUCUGGGCACAGCUGGAGAGGGCUCAGGGCCAGUGAUAGUGGGGGCCGGUGAUGGGGAGGGGGGGCCAGUGAUGGGGGGGCCAGUGAUGGUGGGCUCUGCCACUCCAGCUGCCAUGGGCUCUCUUUGAAUCAUGGGAAAUGUAGUUCCCAACAGCUGGAAUGUCACAAGUUCUCCAUCACUGCAGGCAGCCUGGGGCCCCCGAAUUGGAGGUAACCCUGGCCGCAAUGGGACAGCUAAGUGGUUAUAGUCUUUUAUUAUGGCAGGGAAUGACCAAAAGGUGAGACCUCCUCCUGCACUACACGUUAAGGCUGGCUAAGCUUUAUGGGAGAUGGAGUUCAAUAACAAGUGUGGAUCUUAACUCUUGGUAGAGCUGUUGCAUAGAGGAAUUGAUCAAACUGACUUCCUUUAGCUCCUGUUCUCUUCAUAUACACACGUGUCACAACAACUGAUGAUAUGUACUAACCAGAUGUGUAGGAACGAUUGAGCUAUAGCUGGGUACACUCGGCCACGAGCUAGCAGAAGCCCCCACAAGGUUAAACAUGAAGAAAGAAGAAUGGUCCAUGCACUCCAGAGCUCCGCAUGACAAGUUUAUUGGAACAAAGUUUCAACAAAACAGCAAUGUUUCAAUCCACACAGGGUUUUUCUCAAAUGCCUGGACCCUUCUUCUUUCUUUGAAUACAACAACUGAUGAUGUCAGGAAAUAAAUUACAGGAGGGAUCCCAUCCAUUCACUAAAGUGUGAAUUGUUGCCAAUUUACCGUGGAGUUUAUAUUUGAGACCAGAAUAGCCAAAGGAAAAACGUAGCUAACUUGGAUUGUUUACCACUUUGGCUAAUUUUGGUCUAAAGCUUGAAAUCCACUUUGGAUUCCAGGCAAUUCGCACUUUGAUGAAAACUUUGUACAAUUUUUUUUUUUUUUUUUUACACACAAAGUUUUAUUUUCAAUUCUAAAAGUUGCAAUUCUUAAAGGGACAAUAGUCAACAGGACCACUACAGCUUUAUGUUGUGUUUCUAGUGUCUAUAGCCUGCCCCUGCAGUCUUUUCAAUGUAAACACUGCCUUUCCAGAGAAACUUCACCAACCUGUCUCUCCAUUAUUCCCUCACUCAUGCAGUCUCCAUCACCAACACUCAGCUUUUCCACGCUCUGCAUGGAGAUGCUGAACGUUCCCCAUAGAGUUGCGUUGAUUCAGUGUAAGUCUAUGAGGAGAUGAUUAGUCCAGGGUUUUGCAGCGCAUGCACAAUAGUGUCCCAAUACUUUCCUAUAAGAAAGCAUUGGGUUGGCUGAAAUCAUCAGUCUUGAUUAUCUUAGCUAUAAAGGUGGGUCCCUCCGCGUGGGAGACAGGCACGGCAUAGGAAAAAAUGUGAGUAAAAACACCAUUACCUGCUAUCGGAUGGGGGUUGGUCAUCUAAAUAUACUUACCCCCUGACAGACAGACACACACACAUACACACACACACAGUCAGUUCCCUCUGCUCCUCUUCUUCAUGCCUUGUGUUGUGUAAACACCACAUGUAUCUAAAAUCCCUAGCUAAAGAAGCCUAUUUUGGUGUUCUGAAAACAGUGUAGCUGUCAAAGAUCACUUUUUUGUCGCUGAAUGUCACACGUAGAAUUAUGAGUUCAUUGGUACAGAGUCAUUUAAUAAAGUGAGAAUUGUUGGGACUUCACAGUGAAUUUAAAAUCUGGGCCAAUGUAGUUGAAUUUGGAAAAAAACUUCAAGUCAGCUAUGCUUCAUAUUGGCUAUUUUGUUUUUAAAAGUUCACUUUGAGUUUACAAACAGUUCUCACUUGAAUGAGUGAAUAACCGUGUUUAAUGUUUUUGUUUUUAGCAUAAUACAACUGUGAUUAAAAAAUUUGCUGCAGGUUAUUAAAUGUAUUUAUUCCAAAUGUGUCCAGUCCUAAAGUUAUUGCUUUGUUAAUGUAGACAUGGUGUCUUUAAUUAUUAAUUCAUGGAUACAUUUUCAUGUUUCCGCUAACCGUUUUCAUUAGCUACCAUUACUGUGUAGUAUUAUCAGUGGCUCAGAUCCUAUGACCAUAAUGGUGAACAUUGUAAGUUGUGAGAGACAUAAAAGGACUUAAAGGGAAAUUAUAGUGUUAGGAAUGCAGUUGUAUUCCUAGCACUAUAAUACCCUAUAGGUACCCUCGCUUGUGCUCCCUCCGCAGUGCAGAAAGGGUUAAAAACCAUUCUGUCACUUAGCUGAUUGCAGAGCCGAUGACCCUUGGCGCUGGGUUAGGCUCUAUCUCUGUGCCUACAUAUAACUACAAUAAUUACAAAUGCAGGGUUAGACUGACAUAAAUGAGGUGAAGUGGUCUGGGUGCUUAUAUUGUCCCUUUAAAACAGCAGUCUAAGCACUAUAAUCAUGAGAAUGCACUUUAGUGGUUAUGGUGCCAAGAGGCCCUUGGCAUUAUACCACAGUAAGUUGUCAAACCAUUUGUGAAUGAUUUGACACUUACCUGGUCCUUAUAGUCCAACCCCUUCUUCACACCUUAGUCAGAAGUUCCCCUUAUAUUAGUUAUAUCAAUUUAAGUCCCUGUUUGGAAUGAAUUCAUAGUCUGAAAGUGCCCACUUUAGUGAUAUUUGAAAAGGAGACUGCAGAAGAGGCACCAGAGGUGUACAGUUAAGUGCCAUGCCAUUCUAAAUUAGUUGAAUUUAUAACCUGGGAUGGCACCAAAGGGUUCCUGGCGUGUUGUAGGUGUUAUGAAGCUUAGACUAUUUUUUACGCAUUAGAGGGUAUAUAAUAUUUUUAUAAGAUAACUUGUAUACCGCAGCUACAGCUUAAAACUUGAUAAAUAUUGAAAAGCUAAAAACACAGCAAAUUUUGAAACACUGAAAAGAAAAAAAACAAUUACAGUUUCUAAAUAAUAUCCGGAUCAUAAUAAACGAUUUUACUACUUUCCAUUUCUCGUAGGGUAACAGUAACUCUCAUUUUGUGUUUGUCCCCGCCUCCUACACACAACAUAAAGUAGAAAUCUUUUUUUAAUGGCCAAGGCCAAGUUCUCCCCACAGCCAAAUCCUCCUUGGCUAAUGUCACUCCCCCUUGCCAGAGGGGCAGAAAGGCCGGGCAAAGAGGAGGACAGGGACGGCUGCUGUGCGUGCUGGUGUCAAGACCCCAAUUUUUCUCAGAAUUCAUAUUUGCCCGCCCACACUCUUUAAAAAGAAAAAUAAUAAUGUUGCGGCCUCAAUUUCAUGUCCCGUGGUGAUUUCUCUGUGGCCAGUAGAGUCAGGUCUUUAAGUCUCUUUCUGUAGGACUAGGGGGUAGCCAGAAUGUAUAUAAAACAUAUACAUUACCUGUGAUAGAAACAAAACUGGUGGUGCUGGAAAUAAUUGUGUAAAGUAAGAAAUGAAGAUGGGUGUCCAAUGCAAAGCCAGUGCUCUAUAGAAUUUAGAUUUCCAGGGUACUGGUUAAAAGGUUGCAUUCUUGAUAAUCAUGAUUAGGGUCAAGUGCCAAAUUACUGAGACAGAUCAUUGGUUUUCAAUUCUUCUAAUUCUUUAUGGGUGGCAGAGAGAGAUCAUUUGCAGAAGGUCUUGAUGGUAAGGUAUGUCUUUUUGCUGAUGAUACUAAGAUAUGUAACAGGGUUGAUGUUCCAGGAGGGAUAAGCCAAAUGACAAAUGAUUUAGGUAAACUAGAAAAAUGGUCAGAAUUGUGGCAACUGACAUUUAAUGUGGAUAAGUGCAAGAUAAUGCAUCUUGGACGUAAAAACCCAAGGGCAGAGUACAGAAUAUUUGAUAGAGUCCUAACCUCAACAUAUGAGGAAAGGGAUUUAGGGGUGAUUAUUUCUGAUGACUUAAAGGUAGGCAGACAAUGUAAUAGAGCAGCAGGAAAUGCUAGCAGAAUGCUUGGUUGUAUAGGGAGAGGUAUUAGCAGUAGAAAGAGGAAGUGCUCAUGCCAUUGUACAGAACACUGGUGAGACCUCACUUGGAGUAUUGUACACAGUACUGGAGACCAUAUCUUCAGAAAGAUAUUGAUACCUUAGAGAAGGUUCAGAGAAGGGCUACUAAACUGGUUCAUGGAUUGCGGGAUAAAACUUAAAGGAUAAAGGAUCUUAACGUGUAUAGCUUGGAGGAAAGACGAGACAGGGGGGAUAUGAUAGAAACAUUUAAAUACAUAAAGGGAAUCAACACAGUAAAGGAGGAGACUAUAUUUAAAAGAAGAAAACUACCACAACAAGAGGACAUAGUCUUAAAUUAGAGGGACAAAGGUUUAAAAAUAAUAUCAGGAAGUAUUACUUUACUGAGAGGGUAGUGGAUGGAAUCGCCUUCCAGCUGAAGUGGUAGCGGUUAACACAGUGCAGGAGUUUAAGCAUGCUUGGGACAGGCAUAAGGCUAUCCUAGACUUAAGAUAAGGCAUGCGACUAUUUAACGUAUUUAGAAAAUUGGGCAGACAAGAUGGGUCGUCACAUUCUGUUUCUAUCAUCAACUGAGAUUGGGUAGGGGCAGUUUGAAGCCCAUAUUUUCUAGGGUCUUGAAUUAACAGUAGCCAAAGUUAUAGAAACUAUGUUAUUGCUAAUAACUCUACAAAUCUAAUGAAAAUAGACAAAUGAAGCGCUUAUUAAAAAAAAAAAAUGGUUGGGAAAAGAUGUAUUUAUGCAACAUUUAAAUAAAUCUGUGCAAAUGACGAAAUAAGUCAACUUUUCCAAAUGUAAUGUUUUUGUUAUUGUCAGACACUCACACAUGAUUUUCCUUAAAGGUGUGGACUCAGGCAACAUGAGUCAGCCUUCUACAUUUAACGCUUACUCACUUAGCACCACGCCCAUGGUUUUCCUUUUCCGACGUGUGUGUGUAUGUGUAUUUGAUAGUAAAGGUCAUUUCUGUUUGAUUUCACAGCCUGUUUUUUUUUUUUUUAUUGCUGUGGAAAUAUGAAAUAAAUUUCUGUGCGUGUCAUAAUUUUUCUGUGGGUUACCCUUUCAAUGCUGGCAUUUAAAGAUCUAAUUUACUCGACCACGUGGAAUACGUUCAUAUCUUUAGUCGAAUAUCGUAACAAGUGGGAUGUUUACAUUUCUGUUAAUCUCUUUGCAAAUCUUCAUAUUGCACUGUUUUACUACAUUAAACAGCCAUAAUUAACUAAACAUUCUGGACAACAUAAGUUUCAUCUAAAUUAAGUUGUUAAAGUAAAAUGGUCCCAAGACCUGAAACCACUAUAAGUUGUUAAACCAUAUAACAGCAGUUUAACCCCAAAAUUGUAUAGACGGCACCCAUGCAAUCUACCAUAUUCCAGCUAAGUCCUCUGCUACAGUGACAAGGCCUCCGAAUGGGCAAGAAUGAUUGGUUGAAAGCAUCAGCUGGCGCUCUUAGCUUAGAGAAAAAAGUGUGAGAAAUGUACAUAUUUGACGUUUUAAGUUAUAAUAUGAAUGUUUUAGCACCGCUUGACAAAUUUCAUGAACUAGAGAAGUUGGAGAAACCAUUUAAUAUUAAAUUUGGCUGGUUAAAAAAAACACACUGUUUAUAAUACGAAUAUUAUCUAGUAGUUUUUAUUUCCAUUACAUACUAGUGGGUCUGCCUUGUAAUUUGCUGAAUGCUCCAUACACAUUAAGCUGAGCGUGCAUGAUUUCACCUGUAGAGUUAAAGCUUACAUUUCAGACGUUGAUUUAGAUAGACUGGCAGUGUGUGUGUGUUACAUACAGUGCUUGCAUUGAAACAUUCUGCAGUUGUAUCGGAUACUCAGGUUAGUUUUCAGUCAUUUUGAAGAAUGCCUGGUUUAUUUUUAGGUAAUUUGUACAAGAAUGUACGUUCCUGACACUGCCAAGGAGUCACAUUGUGCUGAAUAGAAUACCAAUCUGCAACAUUUAGACCAUUAUAGCCGGUUCUUCAAAAUCUCCCAAUUCUGCUAUAUUAUUUAUUUAUUUUUUUGUAAAUUCUUUAUUUGUCGUCCAUGUGAGUACAAUAUACAUACAUACACCAAAACAGUGCACAUGGGCAUAGAAGAACAAUUUGAAUAACGAUACAAAUAAUGAGCAUUGGUAUCUUUCGGUUACGUAACAUUUGCAAAUGUCAUAACAGCAAUCAUUGAGAUGCAGGUAGGUUGAACAGCUGUAGGUGAGUGUGCAUUUCUGAGGCUGAAGCCAUAGCAAUAAUGACAAGCUAGUUAGUUAGAAAUGGGCAGCUACAUUCUACCAAACUUUAAAAUUCUGCUGUAGAUUUAAGCUUACUGGUCUGACGGAAAAGAUGGGGUAAUAGGUGUAUUACUAAAACUAUUUGACACUUGUAGCAGGGGAGCAAUUGCGUCAAUGAGUAAUGAUAGUUGGCACAUAGGUUAUGGAACCUAGUAUAGUGAAUGAUUUGCUUUAUUAAUUCUAUUGUAAUGGAAUCCGUAAUUCGGGUUCCAGUUCCUCACAUGUUGCUGUUGCGACAGUGAUUCCCUUAAUCCUAACGUUAGCCAGGAAUCUCUUAGAGAAAGCUGCCUCGGGGGAGGAUUGCGUAAGAAACGUUGGCUUGACUGGUUCUGUGCGUUCGUGUAUCCCCCUGAUCAGUUGUACGUUCUGCCUGCGUCUAGUCUCCCCAGUCUGUCAUGGGACAGGUGUUAGUUCUUAUCUUCCCAGCAGGUAAUUGUGUCUUGUUUGAGAACUAGUUCUCUGCUUGUCUGGUCCCGUUCCAUCUCUCUCAGUCAGCUGUUAUAUAAGUCGGUGACUCGUAUCUAUGGGAGCUGCUUCGUGUCGUGGCUAUAUAUCGUUUAGUGACUCGUUCGGGGCCUUCCCGACUCUGGCCUCCUCGGGGGCAGGUCAAGCCGCAUCCACCCAAGCCCUCAGAAAAGGAAAAGAAGUUACGUGAAGUUGAUUAGAUGCAGAGGGGAGAAGGAAAGGAGGGGAGGGGUGGGGGGGGGGAGACAUGAUGUAUAGCACGUGUCGGGGUGCGCCGGGUCCUCACAGACCCCCGGUGUUAUGGUGUGUGCUGUGCCUCCCUAGUUCCGGGAUGUGAGAGGUAUAGAUACCAUGGGGCUGCUAUAUUAUUUUAGCCAAUAUGUUUCAAUUCAGUUUUAAAUUUAUUACUAAUUGGCAGUUCGUAAACCAACACAAUUUAAAAUGUCAGAAUGUUUGGGUUAUCUACAAAACUUGUCCACCCUUCACACACAUAUUUUUUUUUUUUUCUCUCCUCCGUUCUGCACAUUUUAAAGUUGAAGUACAUGUUGCCAAGUAUCUUUGGGUAUUAUACAUUCCAUUAAAGGACACAGCCAAGGGCGGAGCCUGACUGCUGAACUGGCUGGUCGCACAUAACCUGAGAUCCAAAAUCCGUCUGUUUCUGCUACAAAAUACCUUCUUCUUCUUAUAAAUACACAAGCUGUGCACUCGUGAGUGAACCGUGGCCACAUCAUUUGCAGCUAUUCAGCCAGAGGUCGGUGGUUCUAUGAUGGAAAGCAGCUGUGGCAUGUGGAAGGCCCAGGUGAGGAGAGGCAGGCCGCUCUCCUCGUUCUCGGGUCGACUGCAGAGAUCAAGCAUGCUCCUACCCCCCCCCCCCCCAAUGGACCGGUGGGGGUUAUCUCUGUCCUCACUGGGGUGAUGUCUCGCCCAGACUUGAUGGAUCCCACGGAGCUGGAUUUCCGAAAUCCGUGAGCUAAGAUGGCCGCCGACACAAUGCCCUUAGCACUCCUGACUCCCACAACCCGGGCCGCAUAGCCAUGCCAUUUGAGCACUUCUGGAGGCAAUUCUGGAAUAGAACCCAGCAACAGAGAAAAAAGCCUGUCACUACAGCCUUGUUCAAACCUGCCCCUCACGGAACACCGCCAAGCCGAGAUACGCCAGGCGACACCCAAAUGGGAAUGGUGGGAAAGCUGAGGAGAGUACCUCACAAAAAGUUUGGAAACCAUCAACCCAAUCCUGCUGCUCCCAGUGGCCUUCAUAGGCCUCUGAUCCUCAUGGGAAGCCCCUGUCGACACCACACACUCCCUCCGAUGGCCCUCAUUCACCGUGAGCUGAUGAAGUCCUGCCUGCAACCUCACAUGGCACUAAUGGGACUGGCACAUGGAAUUGUAUUUUGGCACAGUGCUGGUGGGGUCCUAUAACAUGGGACUCUUUUGUAAACUCUCUAGCCAGGUCUAGGUGUACUCAUUGCAGGGCAUUUGUUGAGCGGAGGCAUAGCUGUGGGCAACCUCUUACAUUCAUAACUGGGGGGUUCUGUUUUUAUUUGUUUGGCUUUCAUAUAGUUUGUUUUCACACCUGGGGAUACUCCCUUCUAAGCAACAUGUCAGUUAAUAUAGCGAGACUCCUUUCUUGUGUUUACACUCUGACAUCCUAUUUGUUCUUUAUUGCAUAAACUCAGCUAUCUAUUGAAUACUACAUUGAGACAGCUUACCCAGUGACGUAUUUGCCGUGAGGCAAACAAGGCAUUUGCCUUGGGCGGCACUUUCAUAUGCCCAGGUAAAUGUCUUGUUGGACUGGUGGCAGACUGCUAGCUGAAGUCCAGGCAGGCGGCGAUGCAGAGUGAUGCCGGGAACUGGAAUAUGACGUUGGAGAAGGGAGAGAUCACAAUUCAGAGCUCCCUCGCCGCCGCCUGCCUGCAGCAAGCAUGCCCAAACAGCCCAACCAGCAGCCCCACUGGACCCCAGGUAAAAAAUCCACCCAGCUCUCCCAAAGGUAGGGAGGCUGGGUGGAUUUCAAUUAAAUAAAAAAAAAUCUGUGAGUGGGGGGGCGAGGGAGGUGAAAAUGUGCAUUGCAUGUGGCUGUUUACUGUAGACUACUUGGUUUAUUAUUUUGAAAAGCAUAGUUUUGCAUCACUAUAUACAGCAUAACAAUGUCCUGUGGCAGGGAUGCGUUUGUAAAACAUUGUGUGCGUACUAAUGUAUGUAACAUAUGCAAUAGAAAGGUCUUACUGGUGUCGACAUCCUCAUGGUUGAAUGGCAAGAAGUUUGGGGUCUCAUAACCACCAUGGUUGUUGAACGCAAAUAAUGUAUUUAUGUUAAUGGGGAGCAAGUGCGAAAUAUGUGGAAUUCAUGUCCUACCAGAUGGAAAUUGAUGCAUUAAUCACAGAAUAUAUGCCAAGUUAUCUUUCUUGAUUGGUUGACUCAUUUCCCUCCUGGAGUAUAUGACUUCCGUACUCUACUAUGCAGCAUGAGCAUGACGUUUCCAGCUAAACAUGGUGGGCUCUUAAAUCAACAAAGGGGAGCUGGUGCUCCAGAAUGGAACUGGUUUGAAGACAUAAGAGACAGGACAUUUUUCUUAUCCACAGUGCUAGAUCGCUCUAGCUACAUCUAGAAUAGAACACUUAAUUACAUGAGUGAGUGCUAUCUAGGAACCUGAUUGGGGUGUGUGUGUGUGUGUGUGUGUGUGUAUAUGUCUGUGAGGGAGCCUGUGUGUCUGAAUGUGAGUGGGUGUGUCAGUGAGUGGGUGGGUGUCUGCAUCAUUGGGUAUGUAUAUCAGUGUGUGCGUGUCUGUGAGUGAGUUAGUGAUUGUGGGUGUCUAUCAGAUUGUGUCAAGUCAGUGUGUGUGUGUUUGUUAGUCUUUAACUGGAAUAGGUGUGGACUUGGCAGGAAGGAGUGGGACACAUUUAAAUUAGGGGGUGCCCGAGUUCCGUCAUGCCUAGGGCAGAAAAGACCCAAAAUACACCACUGAGCUUACCCACUCUACCUUGUUACUUAUAAAUAUAUGUAUAAAAAAAAUUCUAUCUUGACAUAUGUCAUAUUGGGAAUUGUCUGUACAUGCAUGUCUGUUAAACUAUGCACUGCAAAAAUAAAAGGCAAAGCCAAAAAUAUGUAAUCUGAAUGAAGUGGUUUGUGAUGGUUGUGGGCUUGACAAAAGUAAGAAAAAUACUGAGACAAAAUCGUGUCUAUAUCUUUUGAAUGCUUUUGAAUUUCAGUAAAAUCCAACAUGGUUAAUGUGAGUAUUUCAUAAAGAUUUUAUCUUUUCGAAAUACCAAUUUUAUAGGUGUAUUAAAAAAAAAAAAAAAAAAAGUAACAUUUAGGAUAAUUUUCAUUUAUAAACCCUAACACAUAUCCAUUUCAGAAUUUCAGCAUUGCCUCAAUUGAUGGUUUAUCUAAUGACACAGAUCAUUAGUGACCUGUAGAUUACCUUGCCUUGCCUUGGCAAGCUAACAGCAUCCCUUAGUGUCUGUUAGCUUCAAGAAUAGCUUUAGUGUUUUCUAUGAUAUAUAUCAUUUUUAAAAAAAAAUAUAUUUUUUUUGUGUGCCUGUGGCUGCUUUCAUUUCUUCUAAAAAAAAAUCUGAAAAUUAAAUAAAUGUUAUAUAUUUUAUUAAAAUCUAUAUAAAGAGCCCGUAAGGUCAUUUAGGAGCUGUGCAGUAUGAACGUAUCGCAAAAGCUUCUGGUAAUCCGGGAAAAGAUGUUAUGACGUUAUAGAUUAAUAGAUGAAACAUAACUACGUUGACCGGGCGAUCAUUAUACCAAAAUGUAUGAUUGGAGCCCAACUAGUCGUGGCGCUUAGCAUGUCCCUUUUAGGCCGUGGCUCUUGCAGGCACAAGAAAAAUCUAUUUCCUUUUUGCUUCAUAGCCAUAUCCUCUAAAGAACAUUGCAGAUAGAAAUAUAUUUGUUAGUGGUAAUGCAAUUCCAUUUAGCACAUUUUCUAACUUGAGUAAAACCGUAAUGAUCUGUGUCAUUAGAUAAACCAUCAAUUGAGGCAAUGCUGAAAUUAUGAAAUGGAUAUGUUAGGGUUUAUAAAAAAAAAAAAAAAAAAAAAAGGUUUCAGAAAUAUAAGAUUUUAUUCACUAAAACAGUAAUUGUGAAAAAUAAAAAACAUGCAGUACAACUAGGUAGCCAAGUCUAAAUUGCAUUCAGCGGAAUACCAGGGUUCUUGGGAUCACAUGUCUGUAUGAAAGCUGUCACGUCAUGAUAUAUCUAUCAGGUUGUGUGGUCUCGACUGUAAUAAAAUGCAUUGUAUUGGACAGUCAAACCUUAAUGCAAGUCACGCAACGUGGAGCAUGUGGUAUGGAAGGUGUUUUGGGGAAUUAUCGGGCCCCGUCAUCCUAUGUAAUUCUCCGGCCCUGAUGCCUCCCCUUGGUAUCGCGUUUAGACCCUAAUAUUGAGCACAGAGUAAGAUAUGUUCCUUAGGUAGUGUCGCAUGUCAACUCCCGAUUACCCCUUGGCUUGUACUUAGAACAGUUGGUGAGAGAAUCUUCAGAGUUCCAUGUAGUGGGCAGGGUGGGAAGGGCUUGUGUCACCAACCUACAAAUGAUCAGAGUCCAUUUACACACUUUGAUGAGAAGUGUUUAAGAAGGUCAGCCAAGGUUCUCAGGUAGUGGUGUACUCAUCAUACUUAUGUGAGAAGGGGUAGGAGAGUUCCUCCAUUCUGUUUGAGUCCACUUUUUGGAUCCAUUCCCUGAUAGGAGGGGCUGUGGUGUGUUUCCAUUUCGUGGGGAUCAAGAGGUUGGCCGCUGUGUUUUGUGUUUAACUAUGGGGAAGGGAUAUAGCAUGAAGAGCGUAGCUUCAGGUAUGUUUGGAAUGUGUAUUAAGGAUUUUAUUUUUCCCCCAAUAAUCUUGCAUUAUGGGACAUGUCCACCAUAUAUGUCCCGGGGUCCCUAUAGAUCGUCUGCACCUCCAACAUGUAUUAGGUGAGUUGGGGAAGAAUCGGUUGAUUCUUGUCAGUGUGUAAUGCCACAGUGAAAUUCGUUUGUAGUUUCCCUUAUGGGUGUUGUUGCUUAUGGAUGUUUUAAAGAUAAUGGUAAAUAUGCAUGUCCAGUCCUUUCGUUGUAGAGCGAUGCUUCGUUCCUUUUCACAAAGCUUAAUAAAGUCUAGCAGAGGGUCAUCCUGUCGUUUUUAUUUUUUUGUAUAAGUUUAUAGAAGGUGGACAGAUGUUUGGAUUGGAGGGUGUGUUGUGCACAUGUGGAUUUAAAUUGUGUGGCUGUUCUAUUGCCUUGUAACGGGGAUGGAGUAGAGUUAAUAAAAUGAGUGAGUUGUGUAUGUCGGAAACAAAGUAUUUUGGUUUGUUGGUCUAUCUGUAAGAGGUCCUGGUAGGGUUAUAUGCCAUUUUCACUCCGUAUGGCCCCAGAAGGUAGUGUACAGUGGCUGUAAAUUUCUGGAAGGCUUCUGGUUGGCAACCCGGCGGAAAAAGUGGGUUUCCCGUAAGUGGAUAUAGGGGUGAUGGGUGAGGUGACAGGUUAGGGACGCAUAUGAUUUUAGUCCAUAGCCAUAGGGUUGGCGUUAUCAUGGGGUGUGGGUUGGUAAUAAGAAGUGGUUCCCCGUUUUGUCCCAUGGUACUGUGUGAAUAGAGGCUGUGAAGGAGCGGGAUUCCAGCCGUACCCAUUGUUUGUGAUUUUUGAGGUUUCACCCAUUCGUAUAUCCUAGUGAGUGUGAUAGCAUGGUGGUCCAUUAUACCUUGGAGAAAAGGCUCCCCUGUCUCGUGCCAUUAGUUUUUUGUUUUUUUACUGUGUCGGCGAGUUGGCUGUUGACCCUAAUUUUGGCACCUGGUCUGGAAUAUAUGGCUGAGAUCCAUUUCAUCCAGUUUGGACUGAAGCCCAGUGCUUGUAACGUCUCCAUAAGCCUGCAGUUCGUCUCCAGUACACCCUGUCGAAUGCCUUCUCGGCAUCGAUAGUAAGGAUGUGGCUGUGCAAGGACUCCAUCUCUGAGAGGUGGAUUAAGUUUAGUAGUGUUAUUUUUAACCUCCCUCCUGGGUACAAACCCCGCCUGGUCAGGGUGGACUAGUCCCUGCAAGAGUGGCCGAAGACGAUUAGCUAGAAUUUUUGUGAAGAUUUUGAGAUCUACAUUGAUCAGGGAGAACGGCCUGUGGCUCCCACAUUCCGUAGGAUCCUUCCCUGGUUUUGGUAUUAGCGUUAUGUGAGCUUCUACGACUGUGUGAUGGAAUUGAAAGCUGUCGUGAAUGGGCCAUUGAGGAUAAAUGAGAAAGCUUUAUAGUAUGUGGCUGAGAAACCAUCUGGACCCGGGCUCUUGCCAACGGGUUGAUGGCUGACCGCUAAAGUGAAUUAGUCUGGAGAGAUUAGGGAGUCAAAAACUUGUCUGGUAUUCAGAGGGAUUGUCUGAUUAAAUCGCGUGGAUAAGAAUUGGUCAGUUUCGGCUGGAGAGGGUGGGAUCUGUCUCAGGUUAUAAAGGUCGGAGUAGAAGGAGUGGAAAGCUUGCAGUAUGUCGGGUAGGAGGUGAGAUAUUUCCCCGGGGGGUUUCUUAAUCUUGGCAAUGAAUGUUUGUUGUCUGCUGUGCUGCAAGGCUUUAGCUAGCAUGCGGCCACAUUUCCCCCUUUGAGUGAAAUAAGAGUGUUUGGAUAGUAAGAGUUUGAGUUUGACGUGAGAGUUUAAUAAUUGUUGCAAGGUGGACCAUUUGUCCGUGAGUUGUUUAUAAAUGUCGAGGGAUGUGUUCUGAUUAUGUGUCUGUCCUAGUUGUCUGUCCUGUGUAAGUGUGACUUUGUGCUUCUUUGUUUUUAUGUUUAGAUGCAAGUGCUAUGAUGUGCCCUCGGAGCACUGAUUUGUGUGCCUCCCAUGUAAUUGUGGGUGAGAUGGACAGUGAUGAGUUCUCUGUAAAGUAGUGUCGCAAAAUGUCACUCAGUUGUUGGAUGAUAGAGGGAUUAUUGAGUAUUUCAUUAAGCUUCCACUGAAAGCUUUUGGUUGGAAGGGUGGGUACGGGAACAGCAAGAGACGGGUGCAUGGUCUUACUAAGUUAUGUGACCAUAUCCGCAAGAUUGCAUUAGGUAGAGAAACCUGUGUGGAAGAAACCACAUAUCCAGCCUAGAGUACGUAUGAAUAGUCUCAAGUCUGUGGGUGAGUUACCCACCAGCCAUUGAAGAGCUGUGAUUUGUCGAAUAUUUGGUUCAUUCUUCGUUUGGACAAGGGUUGGUAUGUAGUGGAGCAUGAGGUAGUGUCUAAGUCAGUCUAAUAAGAUUUUAAGGUCUCCCCCCUAGAAUGAGGAUCCCCUCUGUGAAGCACUCCACACAGCUGAGGUAUUUUUGGAGUAAAGUGCAUUGUUUUGUGUUAGGGAGAUAGUGGUUAGCAAAGGUCAUUACAGUGUUGCCUAUCUGGCCUUUGACUAGGACAAGCCUGCCAUUUGGGUCCGUGUAGUGAGCUUUUUAAGUAAAGGGCGUAUGUGUCCCUAUGAGGAUGGCCACUCCUCUCGCCUUGGCACCAGUAAAGUUGCUAAAGUAGCCCAAUGGAUAGUUUUGAUUGCGGAGAACGUCAUAGAAUGUUUAGGUGGGGAGUUGGGGCCUCGUACAUUCAAUGUAACUACAUUAAGGCUUGCCAUCUGUAUAUGUAGUGAGGUGUCCGUAGUAUCAAUCGGUACCCUUAGAUAAAUACAAUAAAUCAAUACAACAAAAAUCAACGUAACUAUAUACACAUUAACAAAAAGAGAAGUUGUCAGGAAACUUGUACUUCCAAACGAUAUCAUAAUGUAUACAAAAAAAAAAUAAAGUAAGAAAACAUGUAAAUAACCAUGUAUGAAACUUGAUGUACGAGAACACAUUAUUAUUCAAAUUGUACUCUAUGUAAUGUCUGAAAAUCCUGUGCCACAGCCGACACUACAGAUAAAUUUAAAAAAUUUAAAAAAUUGAGUGCGAUGGACUAUAGUAGUAAGCGUAGCAUGACGGUGGCUUUCCCCAGGUGAUGGGUGUAACCAAUGGAGAACAAUUCAAGCACCUCAGGGAUGGCUCUUGUAUCUCUACUUAAGUAGUCGUGGGGAGGAUAUAAGGAUGGAUUCGCCAUGCAAAGUUUGAGGUGGGCAAUCCUAUUUUUUAUGUAUAUAUUUUUUGUUUUGUCAAUGGGUUCAUGGAAAUCGGUGGCAAUCGGCAUGUACGUGUGCUGAGUCGGAUACCAGUGUGGUAGACGUGAGGCAAGGUUAAGUCUGAUGAUCGACACCAGUCAGUUAAUUGGGGGUGGGAAAGGAGAGACUCGGAUAUGCUCCCCAGUAGACCGUAAGGGUGGGGGGAGAUUUCUCAAGUUGAGGUCACACCAUCUUACUCUGCCGCUCGUACAUUUGGAUCCUGGUAGAGGUGAUGCAUAUAGGACAGUAGUGACAUCUAAUCACCUCAUUCCCAUCUGUGUAAUUUUAUCUCUGACAUCAAGCAGUGUUAUACAUUCUGUCGGGGAGAGGGGACAGGUAUGAGGAAAAGCGUAGUGGACAGAGAUUACGUAGGGAGCUGAAGGCGGUAGUACCAGAGGGAUGAGCGAGACGGUAGACGGGGCAAAGGUCGUAAGAGAUAGAUAUCCCAUAGGGGACAAUGUAGUGUGGGGGGGCAACAGUAGUUAUUGACCAUCACAUAUAAAGUUUUUGUGAAUUACAAGUUACCACAUGUGGAGAGCCCAUCUUCUGCCGGUGCUGUUGGCUUCAUAAUAAUUAAACUGUGUGCGUCUCGCCCAGGAUAAGCCCAGGUUAUAGUGUGGCGAGGCCAGUAGUUAGAUUAUAUGAUGUGUUCGCCCACAAUACAGAUAGAGUUGUCUGAGUUCUCAGCGGGUAAGGUGAAUUAUAAACUGGGGUUUUGUGUAGGAAGAGUCUCGAUAAGUCCACGGAAGUAUGCAGUAAUGGAAAGUUCCAGGGGAGCUGCCAGAUUUUGCACAGUGGUAGAUAGGGUAUUGUACCUGGAUGUUGUAUCCUACAUGUGCACCUGUUGAUGCUUAGUGAACUUGCAAUACGGGUGAUUUAAUCCGAGAGUUGGAGGUGUGUGUAUUGGGGUUUGUAUGGUAUAUUCUUCCUCCUAUGUCCCUCUGCUGAAUGAUGGCAUGUCAGCAGGGUCCAGAGAUUGAUGUUGCCAUGGUUGUUCGCAUCCGUGAGUACUGGAGAGUGGUGAAAACAAGGGUAGUGGGUGCAGGUUGAGGUGAUUGGGAUGCCAACCAGCAGGCUUUAUGGAACAGACUAGUGUUGGGAAGAAGGACCGGUGACAGAAACAUGAGUGCCUGCUCUCUAGCUUGGUUGCUGCGUCUUUUUGACGUCGUUUGCCAGCGUGUACGCUGCGCCAUUCUUAAUGGAGGUUGGGCCUAUUGCGGGCCAUACCAGUCCGAUAUUUGGACUUCUGGGAGGCCCAAGGCUUGGGUAAAGACUACCACGUUAUUUGGAGGUGACAGGGUGGCAGUGGCUCCAUUGUUAGAGGCAGUGAGAGCAAGGGGGAAGCCCCCCCCCCCGUACCGGUUAUUUCUGGUUUGUAACAUAUCGGUGAUAGGCCACAGUGUCCUUCUUGCUUGGAGAGUCAUCCAGGAAAGAUCAGGGUAGAUUUGUAUUUGUGUACCAUGAAAUGGCAGUGGCUGUGUUGUUUGCCUGAGCAUAUGGAGGAUGUCCUCCUUAACUCCGUAAUAGUGUAGCCAGCAAAUUACAUCUAUUGGUGCCUCAGUCGGUGUACCUCUGGGUUGAGCGCCCUGUAUGCCCUAUCAAAUAGUAUGGGCUCCGCUGCAGUCCUGUUGAGGACAAGAUUAAAGAGUUCUUGCAGGUUUGCAGGCAGAUCCUCUUGGUCCCUUUCCAGAAGGCCCUUCAUUCUGAGGUUGUUUCGCCUCCCGUGGUUAUCGUGGUCGUCUAGGGACCUGGACAUCGCCGCCAUCUGCGUGUUCUGUGCUUCUAUUGAUGUCGGAGUUGGUGUAUUGGAGUUUGGGUGAGGUCUCGGCCGUCUUCCAGAGUAUUAACUCUGUCACCUUUUUCCUUUUAUAUCUGUGGAAAUGGCAACCAUUCUCACUUGGAACGAAAUUUCCAGUUUGUGCAGCACGGAGGCAAGAUCUUGUUUAGAAGGGAGAUUCUUUAUAGUCUUCCGCGUGUCGUAAUUGAUGGUGAGUAUCGAUCCCUCCGAAUUGGCUGGGCUGAAAGGUGGUAAUAUGUCCGAGGUGAGUUCAGAGGCCUGGGGCCUGGUGCCUCGGCAUGGUGUUAGUCAUUGUCUCUGAAAUAUUUUGUCAGAGCGUUCGAUUUUCCUGCUUGCUCAUUGUGUGGUGGGUAGAUGAGGAGUGUUUGGGAUGCCCCAUCAUCGUAACGAUUGCGCCUUAUGCUAGUGGAUUGUCCGCUCUUUCUCAUGGAGCUCGUCUAGCAAGUGUCCAUGCAGGUCCAAGGUUGGCUUCGCCCCCUACUGUGACCACUUUUGCUUUUUGAAGUGUUCAUGGUUGUAGGAAUCUUGGAUGUGCAGUGUUUCUGCUUGAAACACUGCGCAUCAAGAGUUAUUUGAAAUUGUAUGCCUAGGGUUAGUUAAAGGAAAACUAUAGUGCCAGGAAAACAAAGUAGUUUUUCUGGCACUAUGGCUCCCUAUAGUUCCUUUCUCCAUCGCGGCCACCUUCUGUCACUCACCUGAGUUCUGUGCUGAUGUUCCUUGGUGCUUGUUCGGACUCUGCCUUUGCUUUUCACCCGCUGUCAGCCGGCGAGGGAGACCUAAUGUGCAUGCGCGGCAAUGGCCGCACUCGCAUUUUUAUUUCCCACAUAGGAACACGUGCACUGCUUUCCUAUGGGGUUUUAAAUGACGCUGGAUGUUCUUUAGGCAUAGCGUGAGGACGUCCAGCAUCAGAUGACCAAAAGUCCCUCUUUUGCUCUCUGACAGACAGCCACUACAGGUGGAGUUAAAGGGAAACUCCAGUGCCAGGAAAACAAUCCGUUUUCCUGGCACUGCAGGUCCCCUGUCCCCCCCCACCUCCAAUCCCCCGGUAGCUGAAGGGGUGAAAACCCCUCCAGGUCACUUACCUGAGACCCCGCCGAUGUCCCUCGGCAGUGGUUUCUUCUCGCCGCCGCUCCACCCAGUCUUUACGUUGGCCGGUGGGCGAGACUGAUCCCGCCCACCGGCCGGGGAGAACUAAUGCCGCGCAUGCGCAUUAGAGCUCCCCAUAGGAAAGCAUCGAAAAUGCUUUUCAAUGCUUUCCUAUGGGGAAUUGAGCGACGCUGGAGGUCCUCACACAGCAUAAAGGACAUCCAGCGACGCUCUAGCACAGGUUUUCUGUGCUAUAGAGCAGGAAGUGCCCUCUAGUGGCUGUCUAGUAGACAGCCACUAGAGGUGGAGUUAACCCUGCAAGGUAUUAUUGCAGUUCAUAAAAAAAACUGCAAUAAUUACACUUGCAGGGUUAAGGGUAGUGGGAGUUGGCACCCAGACCACUCCAAUGGGCAGAAGUGGUCUGGGUGCCUGGAGUGUCCCUUUAACCCUCAAAGGAAAUUAUUGAAUUUUAUAAAAAAAAACAGAAUUGCCUCUGCAGGGUUAAAGGACCUGGAACUGUGCACCCAGACCACUUCCUUUAAGCUGAAGUGGUCUUAGUGCCUGUUGUGUCUCUUUAAACCCCAAGCACAUGUGACUUCAGACAGUCCGGAAUAGAGUCCCAGGGUGCUUAUGCCAAUUCUGUGCAUAUUUUAUUUUGUAAAUAGUUCUUCAGAUACAUUUUUAUUUUUGUUUUAAAUUAAACUAAACCUAGCCUGGGUAUGUUUUGUGGUUUUAGUCAUUUUUUUUGAAAUAUUUUGUUUUUCCUCCAUACGUAAUUGUUUAAAAAUAUAUAUAUAUGUAUGUAUGUAUGUGUAUGUGUGUGUGUGUGUGUAUAUAUAUGUGUGUAUAUGUAUAUAUAUAUAUAUAUAUAUAUAUAUAUAAUUAGAUGAUUCAGGUUUUUGGAAUCUGUAGGUCAGCCCUUGCCUUUCUAUGUUAGAACCAUUUGGAACCCCUUAUUGUGCUCUGAUAGCACUGCAUAUAGGAAUAGCGUAACAGUGCUAUAGAAUGUUAAAGGAACACUAUAUAGAGUUUUUAAAAGAAACAUAUUCUGUAUGCUAUAGUGUUAUCUUACCCUCCACCUCUCUCUCCCUCCCCCCCCCCUUAACAAAUAAGAAAGCUUUUUUACUUACCUGUACUUCCUCACUAUACAAGCGUUUGUGUAGCCACACUGCCACCCCACCACAGAUAAUCAAUGCAUACCCAUAAGGAGUCAAUGAGAGGCUCUUACGCAUACGCAACAAAUUGCCGCACCAAUCUGUAUCUUCUCUUAGAGAGUUAGUGCGGCAUUACAGGACUGAACCCAGGAAGCCCAUCUAGUGAAUGACAGUCACUAGAGGUGUACUUGGACAGUAAUAUAAACACUUACCAUGCUCAGCCUGCAGACACAGGCUCAAGACACUAGAACCACUACAUAAAACUGUAGUGGUUCUGGUGCCUACAUUGUCCCUUUAGUUAUGCACCUGUGACUUCAUCUGGUCUUUGACAAGGAUUUAAUAAACUAUUUUUCUUUUUGUGCGGCUAGACAGUGGUUCAUACUCAUGCCUUUUACCGUUCCUUUAUUUCCUCUUUAAUUGCCAUCUAACUCCCCAGUUUGCAACAUGUACACCCACUUACCCAUCUAAAAGACGUCAGAAGUUGCACACUUCUCAGAUCAGUCACAUUUGCCUUCUUAUCUCGUGGCUGAUCACAUGUUCAUUUGUGAAUUUGCUAAAUGUUUUCGUUCUGCGUUUGUUUCUAAGUGGUGACAGUCUCAGAUCCAAGAACACCCUCAGGCCCUUUAGCUCCAGAUUAUAGUCCAUUCCAUAUGUGUUGCAUUCUUUCAAAAUAAGUAAGUAAACUCAAUAAAAUGCAUGUUAGUUGUUUGUUUUGUUUUUUAAACACCCAUGUACUUUGUGCCGUCUGGUUUUGGUUUACACACACUGAGUAUUUUUUAUGCUGCAUUGUUGUUAUACAUUACAUGCCGCACUUUCAGCUGCCCUCCUAUGACAGACGAAAAAAAAUACACAUUCUAGUGUAAAGGCAAAUUACAGUCUUACCCUUCUAUGCCUCUUAACUGCAUUUGGCUUACAAUUACUGGCAAGGGCCAUAAGUGAGUCAGAUGUGAAGUAUGCUAUUGCAUUUCCUUUCAUAGUUGUCAGAAUUCCUCUCUGUAUGAAAGCAGCAUUCUUAAAGACACAGAUGCAUGAAUCCUUUAUUACUGCUGACGCCUAACAUUUUGUAUUCCUUUCACUGCUAAUUGUAAAGAAACCAAAAGAAAAUCAGCCAUGUUUUUGUUGUCAAUAUAUCAUACUGCUGUAAAUGAACACUGUAGGCAGCAUAAUCCCUUACAGCUCACUUUAUUGAUUAUGCUGCUAGUGAAGGAGUUUAAGCAUGCGUGGGAUAGGCAUAUGGCUAUCCUAGCUAUAAGAUAAGGCCAGGGACUAAUGAGAGUAUUUAGAAAAUUGGGCAGACUAGAUGGGCCCAAUGGUUCUCAUCUGCCGUCACAAUCUGUUUCUAUGAGUGUCCCGGGGUUUUCUCCAAUUUAAUGUUAACUCGUUUAGGGAAUAGUUUGACAUAAACUGGGGCUCUUUCAUGUGUCCGUAAACCUCCAACUUCUUGGCCUAUUGAUAAUAAGCAUGAGUUGACUCCACGUUGUUUGUUAUAUCCAAGCAAAAUGGCAUUGAUUGUCUGAGAUAUUGUGUAGAGUAUUGGUGUCUUUUAUGAGAUUUUUGUUGAACCAUGUAACUUACAAAAAUUCAACCAAGGUUAAUGUUAUAGCCUCGCUACCCCUGAAUUAUUAAUUACAUUUUAUUAUAAAUGUUAUUUUGAAGUUACAUAAUACAAAAGGCUGUUUACAAACUUGUUUUACGUUUUCUUUCAUAUAUCAAUACCUUCUAUGUAUCCACCAGCAAUGCCAUCUACAUAAUUGGCAAUGCAAGUUGUUUUCUGUUUGUCUGAGGAGGCUGGAGUGUGUCUGCUUUGCAAGAUCCCAUACAUACAAUACGUAAAAUAAUUAUGUGGAAGAUCAAAUGCUCUUACUUUGUAUGUAAUUAUCGUUGUCUUUGGUUCUGACUGUUUUGAUUUUAUGUUUAUAAAUAUCAGAUUAUGCAGUUUUCCAAGAAGUUCUGACUUCCUGGUUUCAAGCAUUGCUAGUGGCACAAAGACCGGGUGCGUAUGUCUACCCCGUCUAUCUGUAUGUCUAUCCAUCUGUUUAGGGAGAAGGGGUCUGUCUGUCCGUCCAUCCAUCAAACUUUCAAGUGACCUUUUCUCUUUGUCGCAUGUAAUGUCACAUCCCUAUGUCCCCAGGGCAUUUUGAUCUCUCAGUUGGGUCCUUUUUGGAUGGCUAAUUCAAAAGCAAAUACACAAUGUGUUGGCUGAGUGCAAAUGAAAAUGAAUUUAAAGUACAAUAAUAUAUGCUAGUGCCAUGUCUAAGGGUAUUGUAGAAGAAUUAUAAAAUGGGUAAUAUGGUGAGCAGGUGUUUUAUAAUUUAAAAAAGAAUGUUCUUUCAAAUGAACCUAGCGUUCACAAAUGUUUUCAUAAGCUGAAUCUCCAAGAUAAAGGCUUAGUUAUGUUUUCUCAUUCUAAAGCAAAUCAGGCAUUAUACUUACGCUAUAACAGAUGAAUGCUCCCUAUGCGCUAGAUAUAUGAUAUACCAUAUAUUUAUAUGUUUUGGGAGCUUUUAUAUCAUUACUUACAUGCAGCCCUUGUCACCAGCACACAGGUCUAAUGCCAAGGAUUUGAUUGACAGGUGGGGAAUGGACUAUAGCUUUAAAUUAAAAUCUACACAUGUCCUAGCAUUUCAGCUCAUACAAUGUAAUACCCAUUAAAGAAACACUCUGCUCUAGUGGUUAUGAUACCAUAAUUGCCCUAGCAACCUCCUGGCACAAGUAGUCAAACCCUUUAAGAAUGUGAGCUCUGCUUGGCUUAGUGGAGCUAACUGGAUCCUGCUUGCAGGAGAAUCUGUAAGCAGGGUCUGCAACUGCAUAGUUUAUCCGUUGAUUGUUUUUAAUCCAUUGAACGAGUUUAUGCUAUAUGAAGCUCUUUUAGAGAAGGCUUUGCAACCCACUUCCUCCUCACGUGCAUAAAACAAUGUAUGGGGAUAGAGCAGGGGUUUUAGAGACCCACCAUGUUUUCAGAGACACAUAUACAUAUUGAUGGGCAGCAAGUUAAAAAGGUUGCCCUGUAGUAUGUAGAAUUCAGAAGAAGGUUUAUAUGAUUACACAAUUAGGCAAUGAAGAAUCUUGCGGAAUAUGCAUUGCACAUACUAGGUAUGGAAACUUGAGUAAAUAUACAUCUCGGAUGAUGUGAAAGCUUUUAAAUAGUUACAAACCAUACAAGAAAGAUGGCUGGUUCCUUAAACCAGCGGUAUCCUCCCAUUUAGUUUGUGUCUUAAUCACAGCAGCAAUUCAUAUACAAUAUGCCAUACGAUGCGAGCCAGGCUAAUGGCGGUCCACGUAUGAUGGGACGUUAGUUUAGAGGUUGUAGGACCUGAGCCUAUGUUAGAGCUAAGAAGCACAUUCACUAUGCUGCUGUAAGUGCUAAUCACCACAGCAUCCUUAUGCUGAAGUAUUGCUGGGCUCUGGUAUAAUGUGAUGUUUUAGUAACAUUAACACAAAUGAACCCUGCUGAACAGUACUAUAGGCCCUAAAUCCCCAAAUGAUGCCCUUCUGGUAAAUUCAGGCCAAAGUGAGGGGUUCAUAAUUAACAGGUGUAAUGGCUUGAUGCGUUUUUAAACAUGUAAAGGUCCUGACUUGUAAUUGUAUAUGCAGUGUGGGAUGCUCAGUAAGGUGGGCCGUGAGCUAGCAAUAUGAGGUUGAUGGGUUAUGCUGUCAUACUCUGUCCCUUUAAACUUAAUAGCAGCCGCUCCAAAGCCUAUUCAUUACAUAUACUACAGUUUAUUAGGUGUUACCACACAUUAGUGAAUUGAAUGAUGAUUGAAUAUGGCUGUAUUUAAGCCAGCCUAAAUCUACAUUGUAGACUUCGCUACAAUAUUGCCACACAAGGCUAGGGAAGUCCUGAAUCUUUGAGAAAUUCUUUUUCUAUUUCUAUUUUUGUUAAGAGACUCAGCAGACUUGUAUUAAGUUUGUCACGUCUCUUUAAUGACAUGAUGGGGAAAACGGUACUUCUCUAGAUACCGUCAUCACCUUGUAUAUCGUUAUCACUCUUGGGAACUGGCUAAUAUUUGCACGGCUUAAAAUAUCAAGUCUUCUGCUACUAGCCAGGCCUUAAUAGCUACUCACCAGGGCAAAAUUUUACUCCCAAUUUGACAUUUUCAGCCCUGAAUAUUUUAACCCAUACGUAUCCCAAGUAUCAUCUCAGUUACUCCAUUUUGCUGGCAGUACAUAACCAAAUAACUCCAUUGGGAUUUAAAUUACCUUUAAGGUCAGGGGUUUCAAAGCAAAUCUGAUUACGUGCAUUGAUUAUCUGCCGUCACAGGGGACCCAUGCUUUCAGAUAAUUGAGUUUUGAUGGAUGAUCAACCUUAAGUGAUGUAUUUUAAGACAAAGCUGCAAAGAGUGUCCCACAUAAUUGAUGCUCUGCUAUUGCAUUAUUAUUAUGAUUAUGAAUUUUUACAACCCUAGUCCUCCAGUAAAUAAGGAUCUAUCGGUAAUGUUUAAGAGCAAUGACUCGUGGCGUUUAUCGUGCUCUGCAUCUAAGUGUUUUGUAGCAAUCUGUGCCCUUUAAGGUCAUGCAUGGUGUUGUCACUGCAUUAACCCACAUACAUAGAUUUAAAAGUCAGACUGCAAGGGGACUUCCUCCUUUUACUAUAGUUUGCGUCUGCAAGCACGUGGGAGACAGGGGAGUGUGCUGGUCUGGUUCUGUGGGAAUGUGAGAGCUGUAAAGACUGUAAACAGCCGAUGAGUCAGAGCAUUGCUAUGUCACACAGUGAUCAGAGGGCCUCCCUCAAUGUGGCUUCCUUCUGUGUAAGCGAGUGGGUGUACUCUUUGCAAUGUCUUUGCGGGGAACAGGGCCCCAACCAGCAUAUUUACACACUAAGCACCAUUGCAGGUCAUCGAUUUCAUAGCCAGGUGAGGAUUACAUGUGCUGCAAAGCCUUGCUUGAAUUUUCAAUUUGAUUUAGCUGGAUAAGAAAAGAACCUUACUGUGAAUUUGAGACUUUAUGCUGUGUUUUUUAUUUUAUUUUUGUGGGGGUUCCCCCCAACCCCCCUAAUUUGUUUACAUCUUCGACAUUGACAAAUCGUUCUUUUUUUUGGCAAGCGAGAGACGGAUUUGGUUUAUUUUUAUCAUGCAUCUGAACACGUCUGCUAGCACACAAGUUCAGCACUUUGUUUUUUAUAGUACAGAGAACUGUCAUUCUGGCUUGUUUCUGCUUCUAUGAUCUCUAAUGGUUCGAUCUCGCUUCUCUUUGGCGAGCCUGCUUCAGAAUGGAAAAGACUGUGUUCAUAAAUGGUCUAAAGUGGGAAAGGAAUUAAUCAAAGAUCACCAUUCGAUUUGUUGAUCAAUCAAUGGGAAGAAAAUAGUUCUGUUAAAUGUUUAACCGUUUUUUUCCGUCUCAGUGGCACCUUAGAAACUUUUUUUUUAAUUUUUUUUUUAUAUACUAGAGGGACUUUAGAAGACGUAUCCAAUGACUUUCGUAGUCUGGCACAGAGAUUUAUUCUCGGACAAAUCCUACAUCAUUGCAAAGCUACGUUAAACAUGCAAGUUACUAGAGGACGGUCUGCAACUGCAGUUCUUGAACUUGGCCGCCUACAAUUUUAAAAUCAACAGUGUCAUAUUCUCGUCUUUCUCAUCAUCGCAUCAAGCUUCACUCAGCAUAUGUUGUAAUAAACAAAGGCUAUUUUGGGAAGCAGGAACUUUGACAAAAAAAAUGGAAUCACUGAAAACCAAAGUAGAAAUGCAACAAUGUAAUAUUUUAGUUUAUAUAAAAAAAAAAAAAAAUUUCUGUUAAAAUUAUGAAUUGGUAAAUUCAGUAGAAGAUAUAUCUGUAGUGCUUACAUGUUCACUGUAUCCCAAUUUUUAGUGUUUGUCAUUAUUUUUUUUUUUUUAUAAAGCAUUUACAGCUUUCUCUUUUUCUAUGUAAUGUUACAGACUGAUCAGCUUACCUUGUGUCAUUGUAUCUCGGUUUUGUGUCUGCAUGCCUGAGGUGUCAAGUUUUGUUGCUUUCAGAUAUAUAUUUUUGGGAUGAAACAUUAGGUGACCUUUGUAGCUGUUUCACAAGAUAUUCGUUCUUGACGCUUUCUUUUUAGCUUAAAGAUCUAGCCAUCAAAGUCUCUGAGGGCAACACAUCCAUUGAGAUCAGAGGCAACUCUGAGCUGUGAAUGAAAUUCUGCUCCCAUGGUUCUUGAACACAUCCUGUUUCCCAUGCAGUAGAGCAAGUGUACCUGUUUGCAUAACUGCAAGGCCUGGCUGUUAAUCAUGGGAAUGGUAGUACUCCCUUUUAGCCACAAUGUGUACUGUUUGGAUCUCUAAUUGUUUGUUUUGUUUUGCAAACACUGCACAAUUUGCUCCCACUCGGCAUUGCUUAAGAUUUUUUUUUUUUUCUCUUCUCCUGGUCAGUUUUGUAGAGUUGCCAUCAAAUCAUCUCUGCACUUAUACCUUUUUCUUCUUUUUUUUUUUUUUUUCUCCUCUUUGUAUCCAUGGUUACAAUCUCCAAGUUGGCUGGUUUCUCAUGGUUGCCAUAGCAACCAUCUUUUUUUAUUUUUUGCAAAUCGGUAGUGUCUCAGCUACAUUUUCCUUUCAUCAAUGAUUUAAAUACCGGGUUUAUAAUGAGCAGUGUGUCACAAUGUCAUAUUGUUAGAACGCACACAUUCAGUUCUGGUGCUGUUUAUCUGUUCACCCAGGGGGCAGUUCCCUUCAUCCAAUUCUGCUCGUUUCAUUAUUGUUUCUACACUAACUAGCUGCUGGGUGGCUUUUAUUUAUUUAUUUUUUAAAAUCUAUUUAUUCUUGCGAACCAUUUUUCUUUUUUUUUUUUAAAUGUUAUUUAAUUUGAUAUCUAUGCUUGUCUCUUUUACGUUUGAUGUCAUUUUGAUGUGAUUUUGCACAGUCAGCUAGCUUACCCUACUCUAAUCACAGAUAAUUUGUAUGGUAAGCAUGUUUCACUUUUUGCAUGUAAAACUGCAGCCUUUUAGUGGCAUAUCAUGUUUACUAUAUUACAAAGUAUCUGUAUAUUUACUUGCAUGUUAUAUAUCCCUCCUGUUGCAUUUGAUUAUUAAGGUGUUUUUUUUUUCAUAUCUGUAACUGUACUUCUAUUAUUUUUUUCAGUUGCUUUUUCUGCACCGUUCUGUCCUGGUGAUUGUUUACAGGUUAUGACGACUAAUCCUAAAUCAAACAAGGCAUUAAAGGUAAGCUUGAAAACUUUAAUGUUUGUGAAUUGUGUUGCCCAGAAUAGUAGUGGUUGACAAAAUAUUGUAAACAUUAGAGGUGUGUACAUUUAGAAAUUGGGCUGGACAACUUUCUGUCUUAUUUAUGAGCAAAUAGGCACGUUUUAGGAAAAUUAUAUUGUAUUUAUUUUGAGAAGGCAUAAAUGCUGUUGCCCACAUAAAUAUGAAUUCUUAAAUACCCCCCCAAAAACGUGUCUACAGUAACGCUUGUUAGAAGCAAUACCUCUACACCUCGCUGAAACUCCCCUGAUUGGGGAAAACAAAUAUAUUUUAACCUUCAAAAAUGUAAGAUUUUGAAAAGAACAGUAUUUCAGAUUCCUGGAAUGUGUUCAUCCUUUUCCUCCAGGCAUAAAGCUGGGAAACAAAUUGCUUCCAUCAGUUGUUGGUCUAUGGUUCCAGUGAGCUUUGUGGUCCAAAAAUAGUAGCCCUAUGCAUGCUUUGGACUGAUGCAAAUUCAGCAUUUAGGAAGAAUUGUAACAGCCAUUUUUAAAAUCAAAGAUACACUACUUAUCUAAUCCAUUAGCACAUUUACCAAGAUGAACAAUAUUUUCACGUUUAAAAGUGCAUUAUGUUCAAAAAUAAAUAAAUUCCUAAUGUUAGUAAAGAUACUAAGUUAAGGGUCGUUUGAUUCCUGAGCAAAAGGAUGCUUAGCUUCUUCCCACUUUUCUUAGUCUGAAACCGCUAUCUCCCUAGUGGGCACGACUGCAUCAAUAUUGUAGUACACAUAGCAGAGCUACCAGUAUCCUAAUAUAAUCCCAAUAUAAUCCACAUCACCAUGGUGUAUGCUGACCGUAGGCAACAUGUAGCAAGUAAAACUCUCCCUGCAGAAAAUCAUGGAAACAAGUAAAUAGUUUUGUGAAAAUCACUGCAUCUAUAACCCUGCCUGUUUUUCCUGUGAAACUAAAGUAGGGAUUUUUACUUAAUAAUUGACUAUCCAAGUGUACUCCGUUUGCAUGUAUGGCAUGCGAAUGCUUGGCCAAGUCCCCUACCCACAUAUUCAGGUCUCUGAAUGCAGCCCUGGUCCUUUCUCUCUAUAUGUGGAAUUUUCACUUUUUUCAAUGUUUUUUUACUAUUAAGUAUGAUUGUUACUUUUUAGGUGACCUUUGCCAUCCUAUUCAGUAAGUCACACUCCAUUCAUGUAAUUUAAAAAUAUCUAUUGUUGCAGAGCACAAUUCGUUCUGCAGUUUUUCCAUAUGCUAUAUUGUAAGGGGUGAACCAAACAACUAGUAAAAGAUGUGAAUUAUUUAACCCGCAGCAUCUCCUUCCCCCACUAUUCAUUACAUUGAGUGUUAUAAGGUUGAAAAUAUAGAAAAUACAGAUAGCAAACAAUCUAAACCUGUUGUAUUUGGUCAAUACAGUGUGUAUAUAUUUUUAAAGUGUGUGUGUUAAGCACGUUUCACCAUAUUGAAUCAUUCACAAGAUAUUCCGCAUUGGCUCUUGUACUAAUGCGUAAUGCACGUUCUGCAGGUUAAGAAGGAGGCGGGAGAAAACGCCCCAGUAUUAAGCGACGAUGAACUCGUGUCAAUGUCUGUGCGGGAGCUAAACCAGCACCUCCGAGGUCUAUCCAAAGAAGAUAUCAUCCGUCUGAAGCAGCGUCGGCGCACACUGAAAAACCGCGGUUACGCUGCCAGCUGCAGAGUAAAACGAGUCACUCAGAAAGAAGAGCUGGAGAGGCAGCGUGUGGAGCUGCAACAAGAAGUCGAUAAGCUGGCAAGGGAAAACUCAAGCAUGAAACUCGAAUUGGAUGCUCUGCGCUCCAAAUACGAAGCUCUCCAGACCUUCGCACGCACAGUUGCUCGGGGUCCCAUCACCCCAACCAAGGUUGCUACCACCAGCGUCAUCACCAUUGUGAAAUCUGCCGAUAUCUCAUCGGCGUCCAUACCAUUUUCAGCAGCAUCCUAGUGUCCUUGAAUGGAAUGAACUAGCAGCCUGUUCUAAAAGGGACUUUGUGGGAUUCACCUACAUAGAUUCUCCGUUCCUUUCCUGCCUAAUGAAGGCAUUGCCUUUUAUUCCAUUGCCCUCCUAACAUGAUGCAUAGAGGCCGUACAUGUGACUGGAGAACUAUGGCCCUGUCAUAAUUGUACCAGGGAAUUUGACUCCUUCUGUUGAAUGAGGUUUGAAGAGUCUGUAAUUGUAUUUUUGUUUUGUUGUUUUUUUUAUAUCUAUGAAAACUGUUAAUCUUGAGCUACCUGGACCCUGCAUAAACAAAUAUUUAUGAGAAAAAAAUAUGAAUAUCGUAUUACAGGGGAGAAGUGGAAGGUGAUCACUCUCCUCUUAUUUCAGAUGCUCCAAAAAAGUCACCGUAUACAUUUUAGUAUGUAAGGUGCCAACUAUAAUUAGUUGUAUAAUGUUGCAGAGCUAGAUUUAAAAAAAAAAAAAAAAAAAGAAAAAGAAAAAUCAGUCUUUGAAAGCAAAGAAAUAUGUUUACAGUCUACUUAUGGACAAAGUUUUUGCCUGUUUAAGGGCUAGAACUUGUGCCUCUCAAUAAUUCUUGAAACACAUCUCUGUAAUGAGGAAAGUGAUGCUAAUUGUUGUAUGGUUUAGUAGCUGAUCUACACUGCUCUCUUUUCUAUUUCUAAGAACAAAUUUGUUUUUGGCUAAACCUGGCAAAUUCACAGCUGACAUUUCCAUCCAGAUACUGAAUGUGUGGCUGCGUUGUUUAAAAUAUGCCUUCUGAAUGAAACAAAGCGAUUUAAAAAAAUAAAAAAAAAUAAAAAAAAUAAUUCCCUUUGAGUAACGCAAGGAUUAGAUGCUGAGUUAGUACAAAGUCAGAGCCACUGGCUCCGGGUUUCUGAAAACUUGGAUAUAUGGAGAGAUUCAGCUUUGCUGAAAACUCUUAAUCGUUACACUUAUUUUAAAGUUGAGAAACCAGUUUCAGAAAAAAAUGCUGUGCUCAUUCAGUAUUUAGACUGUAAGCUCUAUAGGAACAGCAGUUGCGUUAUUCCGGGAAAUGUUGUAACCUGCAGGAAAUUAUAGGGAUUUCUACUUGUAGUUUUGCUUUGUAUUUAUUUUUUUUCUUGUCUCAUACGUGAUUGUGUUACUGUUAUAAAUGACUACAGAUCUUGUCCUGUAAGCAGUGAGAAAUGUUUUGCAAAAUUUAGGCCAAAGUAGUCCUUGGGGGUGGGGGAUGGUAAGGGCUGGGGGAUUUCAAGCUAGGCUUAAUUUUAUUCCUUACCUCACUUAAAAUUGACCACAAGUCAAUGUUUUGUGAAUACGUCCCUGUAUUGUGCAUUCUUUUUAUCAUUGUCAUUUUAUUGCAUUAUUUAUUAGAAAACUAGUGUCCAGAAAGCUUAUAUAGUAUUGUGUAUAUCUAAAUCUGAGUACAUCUUUUAAAUUAGGAUUCCUAAAUCAGAAAAAAAGUUUACUUACAUUUCAAUACAAAUUUAUAAUUUCCACUCUUUUUCUAUAGUCCUCUCAGUUUCAAAUUAAAUCAGAUCAGUUAUAAAGUUAAGACUUUAUCACUAUAAACCGAUGACGAUGAAAGAUCAGAUGGAAUUCACCCAUAUAGGGUACCAUUCACCUAUCUGACUACAUACCUCAUACUUCACAAUGAGUCAUUUCCUCGCUGGUGGAAUUUUGUGAAAUAGUCAGCAGUUGAGUAAAAGAAGGGUAAUAUUUAUUUACAUCAUUUAUAGCUUUGCCUUUUCAUCAAGCACAGGAAAAGUAGACCCUACUUAGUCUCAUGAUAUAUAUGGCUGGGUUGGAAUUUCAGUGAAAUUGUAACACCGUCUUUAUGAGCAUUUCAGAAAGAUUUUAUCUUCAUAAAAUGCUCGUGGUGUGGUGGUGUUGACAUAGCCGCUAUAAUAUGACAUUAAUCACCGUUAAUUCCUAGAGAUUGGUGUAAAAUUAAGCUUAAUCAGUUACUGCUGCUGGAUGGUAACAAACCUUUAACACAGAGCUUACAUGCAGUGUUUAGGUUGACAGGGAGGAAUGAAACAAAAGCUACAUUUUUGGUUACCAAUGCCGAUUAAACAUACACAUAACUCUUAGGCCCAGUAAUAGUGAUCACUAUGAGCUGAUCACGAUACCUUAACAUUGUGCUAAGUGAGGCUGCUUUCUUACUUGGAAAGUUCUGAAGAUUUGAAAAGGGAAAAGGCGGUGGGUGGUUUAUUGAAAGAUAAACUUUUUAUUUUAUGUUUUGUUUUGUUGUAAGUCUCAUGUGUACUGCUGCUGUUUGUCAUUUAAGGAGGCCUUUUGAAGCUUCCGACGGUUUACCUGGUUUAUGAAGAGUACAGAUGUUACUUAUUUGGACUCUGCUAAAAAAUGAUUGCAAAGGAAGAUGGUUGUGGUUGGAAUUAGUAAGUGCAUCUAUAUAUGAUUUUCAUGCUUUGUAAGUUGGCUAUAAGCAGGUUCUCAAUUUGAAUAGUGUGGUAUUGGUUACUGCCAGUUUUUCUUUGUCCUAAAAGUUUAUUAUUGUAGUGAAAUGAGAUUUUGGCAGAUAUUUGGAGACCGAGUUAAUCAGGUAAUAAAAAGAAGCAAUGGAGGAAAUAAUGCAUGUUUCAUUCCCGUUGUUUCAACUAUUUCAGGUCUAUUAUAUGUAAAAUGUGUGCAGAAGCUUUUUGUAAGCUUAACAAAAUGACACUUGCUGGUUAAUAUGAAAUUUCAACUUUAUUCGUACGGUUUGAACGGACUACUGUCUUAUGCAAUGGAGAGGAUUGGAAAAAUCGAAGCCACAGGAUUUUUAAAUUAAAGUGUGCGUCGUACCUAUAAUAUGAUGCUUGUCCGUUAUGCAUAAACCUAACUGGCUUGUUAGUGUUGACUUUGACCAAAACCAAAGAGGCUUCUUUCUUGGUUGUUUGUUUUUAUUAAAUUUUCAAGGAAACAAGGUCUGCUGAAUGGGACGAAUAAACAGACUGAUUACAGGAAAGUUUGUUCUGAAUCUGUGGAAAACGAAUGUUUUGCUUGAAGAUUUACUUCAGAAGGUACCGUAGUUGUAAAAAUUGCUUUUGUAAAAAUGUUUUUUCUUCUUCUUAAGGGCUCUGAUAAAGGUGAAUGCAUAUUUGACCUGACUUUGCAAUCAUUUGGCUAUUUUAAUCUGUUCAAACACAUUCACGUUUGUAUCUUCACAAACCAACUUUGCUAUUGUUAGAAUGGUCUGGAAUUAUAUUUUGUUUUGGUUUCAUUUUAUGGACAUGCUGUACCCAUCAUCUUUUUAAUUUACUGUUUUGUGAGACUCUAGUACACUAGUGUGACAAAAGGUUUGAUUAAAAACAGUAGUGUGUGUGUGUAUGUGUGUUGUUUUUUUUUUAUUUUAUUUUUUUGAGGUUGUCUAACAGAAAGGAAGACUAGCCUGAGGAAAAUAUUUUUUUGGUCAAUGUACACAACGAGCCAAGCUUGCCUUUUUCAUAAGAACCCACAAUUCUACAUUUUUUGACAUCUCAAGUUUUCACCUCCUCACCACAACUGUGAAAGUUGAAGGGGGAUCUCCAGACAUCAGUAUAUAUUUUUAAUACCGUUUGUGGUAGUUUUGGUUAAUAGUUGGUGGUGUUUAAUUUGAUGUUGGCGCUUUGCUUGGGGAAGUGAUGUAACGGAGUUGGCUUGGGGUGGUUUGUGGUUGUAGGCACUAUACCAAACCUUCACAUUGCACCUGUGUGUUCCAGAUGACUCAUAAACAUCAGUGCAUAGCAUAGUGCAGCCCACAGACUUCCCUCUGCUUUGCUGUUUACUAUUAUUCACUCAAAAGAAACCUGCAAGAUUGUUUUAAUCAAUUUUCUCUUCUCCGUGGUUAAAGCUCUUACAAAUAGCUGUUGACAUAAGGAUUUCCAGCUUCUGGCACUUUUUCUGAAGGCAUCCGAGCUUUGUCUGACAAUCAAAGUCAAAUUCCCUGGGCAAUAUUCAAAGGCAGAUGGACAGCAAAAAAGGGCUGGUGGGCUUCAAAAUGAAUGGAAGUCAGUGACUGAUUCAUAUCUAAUGGAAUGACACACCUACAGUUGUUUAUAGAAGUGUUACCUUCCUUGGAAAAUGCAAACACAAAGCCAAUAGUGUCACACAAGAUAAGAGAAAUUCAGAUUAUUAUUUAUUAUUUCUGCUUUUUUUUUUUUUAUAUAUAUAAAACAUCACCCCGAUUUACAGGCCUUCUGCAGUAUGUAGAUCUUUAAAAAAAAAAAUAAUAAUAAUAAUUAAAAAAUAAAAAAUAAAAAUGUAAGUUUAUUUUUGACGUGUGCCAAACGUUUUGGCUACGAAAAGGCUAGCCCAAUAAUUUGACACCUUUCCCCUGUCGUAGUGGGGAAAAAAUUAGAUCAAGAAUAGUUCAAUCUGUAGAUUUUCAGUAGAUUUGUGACUCAAACCCUCUAGAUCACAGCCACUUUGUACUGGCUAAAAAUGGAGGAUCAUGGGUAUCGUUUAACAGCUGGACAGCUGCAGAUGACCACAAUGGCUACAGAUGGCCAGAACUGACCUUUACAGUUCCGAGAUUAGCCAGAGAACAGGGACCUGGGUGGCAUUAUGCUGUUAAUACCAUGGAAAUGGUAGGUAAUCCAUAUUGGAUAUCAAUAAGGAACAUAUGGAAAUAUUUAAAGAAAGAUUAAAAAUAAAGUUUUUUAUCUUACAGAUUUUUUUUUAAGGAAAUGGCAAAAUAAAACUUUUUUUUGUUUUUUUCCUUAAGUUUAACAAUGCAGUUCUUUAUUGGAAGACAAUGCAAGCAUAUGGGUUACUGUGAAGAUUUUUAGGGAAAGGAGGAAAUGACCCUCCCUCUUUGAUCUCUUUUGGCCAACCUGAUUUAAUUUUCAGAAUCCGAAAUUGAGCUAAAAAAAAGUUGAUCUUCACCCUUUUCAUGCUGUAGAUAUCGACUAUACAUUCACAAAGAAUCUUGUUGCGUAUAAGAGUUUUUAUUUUCCUCUAUUUAUUAUUAUAAUUAUUACUAUUAUUUUGUAGUUUUAGUUUGCCGUCACUGUAGAACUGUGUGCGUAUUUCAUCUGCGGGUUAAUAUUAUUUUUAUAUAUGUAAUUAUGUUUUUAAAGAUUUAUUGAUUCUGUGUAUUUUUAUGUUUAUAUUACCGAAUGAAAACAUCGCUUUUCCCAUUGUACCACAUUUAUCAAUCUCCUUCUGCUCAGAGCACCCAGCUCUACGGAUAUAUUAUACAAGGUCGGGUUAUUUAUCAUUACUGUAAGAUAUGGGUUGGAAAUAUGCAAAAUACAAUGUGUUAAUUUUUGAAUUGAUGAUUGAAAUGUAAGAUUGAUUACUAAUUUGUAUUCAAGGUUUAAAGAACAUUUCUGGGAAAAAAAUUCCAAAGAGUUGUCUUUACCUUGGAAGCCAAUAGAAUGUGUUUGUUGAUUACUCCACUUUUAGAACUUUGCUCCAGAAUUGAUCAUUUAUACAAAAGAGAUGAAUUUACAGAAAGCAUGCAGGUGGAUCAGAAUAUGAAUACAGAUACAAGGAUGAACUGAACACUCGGGUCUGACCCAAUCAGUUUCAGUAAAGAUUAGUGCAGUUAUACAUAUUUUUUUUUUUUUUUUUUGUUUAAAAUAUAUAUAUCGAAAUUAAAUUAUAGAAACAUAAGUGUAAAGCGUUCUUAUGGGCAACGAGAUAGUUGGCAUAGCUUUGGUAAGUUUAUUUAGCUUCCUGCCAUUCCAUAUGAAAGCUACCGUAAAGGAUAUCAAGAAACGUGACUAUUCUAACAGAUGGGUUUUCGUUGCCCAUAUCAUGGUAAACCUAUGACUACCAGAUUUCAGGGCUAUACCUUGGCCAUCAUUGAGUUAUACACAGAAUAAACAACUGAACUGAUCACUUUCCGUAAAGCCUUAUUGGGGGGACACCUGUACAAAUAAUUAUAUAAAGCCAACAAAUCUAAAUCUUUCAAAUUUAUGCUAUUUUUUCAGUCUUUCACUACUUGAUAAAUCAAAAGGAUUUUACAUUUAUGCCUUAGAGAAAAAAAGUGAAGUGUGUGUCCACCCAGCUCAAAAACAACCCUCUCCUUUUCACUGUGAAUUCUCGAUUACACCUGUUUUUAAUAUGAGAUUUUUAUUUUUCCUUUCUUUACUCUCUGUGUGUGUUUAAGUCACAUAGUUUCUAUUUAUUACCUUCAUUCCCAACGGAACAACUCUGCCAUUAUUGACUAGCCCUGGAUUUGAAACCUACACUAGAUUUUUUUUUUUUUUGGCUACUAAAUAAAAAGUAGCUUUUUUUUUUUUUUUAAAUCAAAUUUAAAAUGUCUACAUCAUAUGUCCAUCUAAAUUGCAUCGAAUAAUCUGUAUCUUCCAAAAGCUUUCUGCUUGUCAUAAGUCUCACACCUCACAUGAUUGUAUUAAGUCCUCUUUCUAUAAUUAAUAUAUGGAGUUAUACGUCUGUUUUUUGUUCUAGUGAUGAAACUUUUUGUCUGUGUCAGAGUUGUGAAUUUUCAGUAAGUCAAAGAUCUAAAUAUAUAUAUAUAUGCCAAAGCCAUGGUGAAAACCCACUAAAUGUUUUGGCUGCCGUGAUAAACUAUAGGAUGUUUAUAUAAUAAACUUUUCUGAAUUAUAUGACUUAACACAAAUGUUAAAUGGUACAUUCGCCUUAAUAUCGGGAAAGAGUACAUAUUUAAACCAAUAUACACCGUUGCUGUUUCAUUGUUAUAAUUGUCGGUGCAUUUUUGGUAAAUGCUAUGAAGCCGCUGUGCUAAAGUUUCUAUACUUAUAACUUAAAAAAAAAAAAAUUAUUUACAUUUUUUUUUUUUUCUUUUACCAUUUUCCUUAAAUAUCAACUCAUCCCCCCCAAAAAUAUGUAUUUCAUUAAUCUGGUGCUGGAUGUUUGUGGUAAUGCUUAUAAUUCUUAAUUGGAUUUAUAACUAUUAGAGCAACAUCUAAAUUAGCCAUUAAUCUCUCUCUGUCGUGGCCUUUGGCUCAUGAACACAUAUUCCUAUGUAUUAUUAUUUUAAGUGAAAAAGUGAUUGUUCGGUAGAAAGGGAGCCUGAAAUAUUUUAUUGCACAUGUGUGUAAGAGUAAAGAGCACUUCUUUUUUAAUACAUCCCUCUUCCAAUCAUCCAAUUCGAAAUGAUCCUUGGUGUGCAUUUAAAAUGUGAAACUGUGCGAUACCAAUGGAUGUCGAAAGCAUUUCACAGUAAUAUUCUCCCCUAAUUUUACUGUUAUUAAAUGAGUUUACUCUCUAAAAUAUGUUUGGGGUUAUUUUUUUUUUUUGUUUGUUUUUUGUUUUUACUUCUUCUCCUUCCAAUUUAUUAUGUAUCAUAUCACUUUUCUUACAUAUUAUUUUGGAUCCUUAGACAAACAAACCCCAAAAGGGCAGUUAUCUUUUUAUGUCUACAAGGGUAUUCAAUGUUGUAAUGUUCAGCGCCUUCUGAUUUUUUUUUUGUAUUUUUUUUUUUUCUGUGGUUAUUCAGUAGGCUAAUUUCAAUAUUUAUUUUUUCUGUGCUGCUUUUUUAUACAUAUAAAUAUAAAAUAAAUUAUUGGGAUAUAUCCAAGUAAUUGUGGAUUUAUGUUUGUAUGUCUAGACCGUAAUCCUGUGUACUGUAUGUGUGCACCAAUUUCUCCUUAUCUGACAGCCACAAAGUAAUUUAUUGCUGUACAUAGUACUGCUGUGACUGGUUUUGUACCUUUCCAAUAAAGAGUUCUCAUUGAAGUUUGA